AUGGGGUGGUCGACCGCUGCCCUACACGACGUGGUCGCGGCCACACCGGUGGCGCGCAAGAGUCACAGAGCGCCGGCCACUCCCGCAGGCAGCGGCCGCUUCCACCGGCUCGAGGUGAUCGGCGCGGGAACGUUCGGCGUCGUCUACCGGGCCAGGGACCGCCGCACGGGAGAGAUCGUGGCGAUGAAGUGUCUCCGUGCGAGCGGCGACGGCGACGGCGACCGCUACCUCUCCGACUUCGCGGCCGAGGUCAGCGCACUCGAGGCGUGCAGCGGCCACCCGUCCAUCGUGCAGCCGCGCGCCUCCGGCCACCUCGGCAGCGAGGCCUUCCUCGCCAUGGAGUUUGUGGGGCCAACUCUCCGGUACGUCAUGAAGCAUGUCCGAUUCGGGAGGAGGCACACCGAGCUGGAGGUUCGCCUGCUCAUGAGGCAACUUUGCGCCGGCGUGAGGUGGAUGAAUCACCUCGGCCUGAUGCACCGGGACCUGAAGCCGUCCAACGUGCUUGUCGAUAGCCAUGGGAACCUCAAGAUCUGCGACCUAGGGCUGUCGUGCAGCAUGGCUGAUGGGCCGCCCUACUCCAACCCUGUCGGGACACGGGGAUACCGCGCGCCAGAGCUCCUCCUCGGGUGCACGGAUUACGACGAGCAUGUCGACUCGUGGGCUCUUGGCGUCAUGAUGGCUGAGCUCCUCGCCGGCAAGCACCCUUUCCUUGGGAGGUCAGAUACGGAGCACCUCAGCGAGAUCUUGGACCUUCUCGGCACAGCUGACAUCAAAGAGUGGUCAGGCUACGACGGACGCCGUCUGCCCGGCGGAUCGCAACCAGGAAGCUUUCUGCGCAACAAGUUCCCUUGUCCGGCUGAGGCCAGGAUCAAAGGCCCGCCGACAUUGUCAGAGGCUGGUUUCGAGGUCUUGAGCGGUCUUCUACGAUGCAACCCGGAGAAGAGGCUCACGGCGGAGCAAGCGCUCAAGCAUCGGUGGUUCAAGGAGGCCAACCCUAGGGCUACAAGUAGUAAGUAG